CAGGCUGCUCCCGCAUGCACAGAGACGGGGCCAGCACAUCGCCAUGUUUGUGGUUCUUCCAGAAGCCCCGCCUCCUCGGCGCAUCUUCACCAGGAGCCGUCCGGCUGUCAUUCAGUUCGGGGGGGAGCGUCUGGCUGCGUGCACGUUAGUGAAACAUGGCCUCACCAAGGACAAUAACUAUUGUGGCCCUUUCAUUUGCCUUGGGUUUGUUUUUCGUGUUUAUGGGCACCAUUAAGCUCACUCCGAGACUGAGCAAAGAUGCAUACAGUGAAAUGAAAAGGGCAUACAAGAGCUAUGCCAAGGCAUUGCCAGGCCUGAAAAAGAUUGGGGUCAGCUCAGUCUUGCUUCGUAAGAUCAUUGGCUCCCUGGAGCUGGGCUGUGGCGUGGUGCUCACCCUGGUGCCGGGCAGGCCGAAGGAUGUGGCCAACUUCUUGUUGCUGCUGGUCAUGCUGGCUGUGCUGUUUUUCCACCAGCUAGUAGGAGACCCCCUGAAACGGUACGCCCACGCUCUAGUCUUUGGUAUUCUGCUCACUUGCCGACUUCUCAUUGCUCGCCAGAGUGAUGACCGGCCAGAGAGAGAGGACAGCAGAGAGGAACAGUACAUCAAUGACCAGGAAAGGAACAAGGUCAAGCAGUCUUAAGAUCCUCUUCUUCUUUGGUCCAAGCCACAACAAAUGGAGCCUGUAUGGACUGCAGAAAUUCAAAUCAUGAAGGAAACAGUCACUUCCAGUAAUAGUAGCCUACCCCUCACGCACCCCCCCUUGUCCCAUCCAGUGGACUGAUUGCUACCUACUCCUCUGCACUCUUGUGAAACUGAGAACUCCUAGUCCAUACAUCCUCUGCAUUACCAUGGACACUCAUACCUGUGGAAACUGAUGGGUUUAGCUCAUUGUCACAACACUCAGUCCAUUUUCGCUGUAAGCAAUGUAGCUUGGUUUUCAAAUUCUUUUUUUUUAUACCGUAUGUAGGAGAGAUUGAUAAUUUAUGAAUUUCAGUGGUUCAAGCAUGUUUCAUUUGGUCUAUAUAACAUAAACCUAAAUGAGCACUGAUGAAAUCAUUUUUACUAAUAAUACAUCAGCGUGUACUACAUAUCCACAUAUUAUUUCAGUGCAGUGUUACCAGAAUGGUAUUUCAGAAAAAAAAAUAUAAAUCCUUAUUCAGUGUUCAUCUCUGUAGAUUUUUUCAAGUAUGCAUGGAAUCCUUUCUCCCAGAGUAAAAAAAAAACAACAACAAACUGAAUAUCCUUUUCCACAUUUCAGUUCAGUUGUCACGUUGACACUGUUUAGCUGGAAAGGACAGCAGGUGCUGCCUCAGGUGUACGUGGCCAGCGUGUACAGCAGAGCCUAACCAAAUUAAGUCUUUUUGCCUGUUAAAGAAGGAAUUAUACCUUUUGUAAUUCACAGAUGGAGUCUUAAACUUAUUUGCUGUCUUUUAAAGAUCCUGUCCAUCCCUUUGGUUUUAUUUUCUCUUUCAACAGAUAUGGAAAUAAUUUCUGAUGCAGUUUUGCUUUGAAAGUCAUGUCAGUUUGAGAUUCACAAAAUUCCUGUAAAUGAUAAAAUAAAAGAUUGGAGUUGAGACUGACUAAAUACUGUUUGUCUUAUUAGCAUGUGCAUAUUUCUUUCAGUCAAAGUUAGUAAUAAGCCUUACGUUAAAUUUGCAGACGUGUGUGCUGCUGUGGGAUUUCUUGUGUUA